GGACCGCAGGAGUGAAGUAGGAGAAGUGAAGUCACUAGGCUGGGUUUCUAACCUAAUUUACGUUUUUGCGCGUAAAUUCAGCCUUCGUUUACGUCCCUCGGAGAUUGUCAUUCAAUUUCUAAUUAUGUGGAACGAAAGCUCCGUGGGCCUUGGAGGUGGAGGAUUUUUGGAUGAUAGCACGCAGGGUGAUACCAGCAAAAAAGGGCCGCAAAGUAAUGAAAAGACCAUCGUUCCCGUAUUGAUAAAGCAUAUCACGUCCACCACGGGAGAUCUGCAACUCGCUGGCAGAAACGUAAAUAUUGUGUCGAUCGUCGGAAUCCUAAUCAAUAUCGAACAGGACACGACGAAAAUCUCGUUCACCGUCCAGGAUGACACAGGUACUAUUACAGCUGUCAAGUGGAUAGAAGCAGAUAAGAAUCCUGCAGAAAUUAACUGUUCUAUGGAGGUCAAUACAUAUGUACGAGUUUAUGGACUGAUACGUACACAAAAUAAUCAACGACACUUAUUGAUCCUACGUAUGCUUCCUCUGGAGGACUUGAACGAACUGACAUGCCACUUUAUGGAGGUCAUGUAUGUCAUAUUGAGGGCUAAAAAACCUGCGGAAGAGAGAGAAUCUAUUGUACCUACUAAUAAUUCGUUAACUGAUAAUACCAUGAGUGGUAUGUCACGUGAGCAAAUUGCGGUUCUUGAGGUUGUUCGAUCAGCUAAUGAAGCUGAAUGCGGUAUUGAGAAACGAGAUAUUUUGGUAAAAGUACCUAAACAUAUUAUACCUCGUGUAGACGAGAUAUUGGAAUUUCUUCUCUGCGAAGGGCACAUUUACACAACCAGUUCAGAGGAUUUCUUUAAAGCUACCUAAGUCGUGUGUUACCCUUAAAAAGUUCUAUAAGAUUAAAUUUAUCUGAUAGCUACACAAUACAUAUUUAUGUUAAAUAUAAUGCAUUUUCAAUUGUAUAUCAUGUUACAUUUGUUGUAAUUUUUUUUUCUACGGAUAAAUGUGUUUGCUAUUAAAAAAAAAAGUAAUUUUUUCUGUGGCAUUAAAUUAUCAUUCAACAAUUAUUGAUAUAAAUAAUCGUUAUGUUUCGAAUACGUCAUUGUAUCAUCGUUAAGCUC